AUGAGCGGCAUCGGCAGGGCGCUCUACAAUGUGGGCUUCUGGGUGCGCGAGACGGGUCAAGCGCUCGACCGACUCGGUCCUGGCCGUGUUGAAUCCUCUCCCGCACAAGCAACCACCGUCGCCACCCCUCUUUCUCAACUUCCCUCCCCCCUCUACUUCCCACGCCUCCCUGUUUUUCCCCGCCCCACCCCUUCGAAUCCGCCCCCUUGUUUCCGCGUGUUCCCCCGGUAUUAUCCUCGCUUCCCGUCGUUCCCGCGCGCCGCAGUCUCGCGGCAUCGCACGAUCAUGAAUCUUUUCGACAAGCUGCCCGAGGUGCCCGCGAACGCCUUCGUGGCGCCGAGCGCGGCUGUGAUUGGCGACGUGCAGAUCGGGCAGCGAUCAUCUGUGUGGUACAACGCCAUUCUCAGAGGCGACGUGAACAGCAUCCGCGUGGGCGCGGACACCAACAUCCAGGACGGGUGCAUCGUGCACGUGGCAAAGACCAACCUCGCCGGGAAGAUCCUCCCCACCAUCAUCGGCUCGCGUGUCACCGUCGGGCACAACGCGGUGCUCCACGCUUGCACAGUGGAGGACGAGGCGUUUGUGGGCAUCGGAGCAACGCUGCUUGAUGGGGUGGUGGUGGAGUCGGGUGCCAUGGUGGCUGCUGGCGCCCUCGUUGUGCAGAACACCCGCAUUCCCUCGGGACAGAUUUGGGCCGGGUCGCCAGCUAAGUUCUUCCGCACGCUGACAGCAGCAGAGCAAGCAUUCAUUGCCAAGUCAGCGGAGAGCUAUGCCAGCCUGGCAGAGGUACACGCCAAGGAGAAUGCCAAGAGCUUUGAGGAGGUGGAGGCGGAUAAGAAGCAGAGGGAGGGGUGGGCCAACUACAGUGAAGACUUCGUUUCUAGUGUGGGCGCUGUUGUGGAUAAGCCGCCUGUUCCUGGUCCAGUCAAGCUGGCUUAG